GUGUCNCAGCUACAAAUCCUAUGCAAUGUAGUCACAUGCAGCAGUUGGUUUCAAAAAUUGACCAGAAAGUUGAUCACAAUCUCUUUUCUUCCCAUUUUCUUUUUUUUCCCUUUUUCAGGUGCAACAGGUCUGGGCAAAUCAACCAUGGUAAACACAUUGUUUAAAGGAAGAUUGAGCCGAAUGUCAUCAACUGGAGCUGCUGCUGCUAUUCCUAAGACAGUUGAAGUCAAGUCAGUUAGUCACGUUAUUGAGGAAAAAGGUGUAAGGUUAAAACUAACCAUCACAGACACCCCAGGAUUUGGUGAUCAAAUCAAUAAUGAAAGUUGCUGGGAGCCAAUCUUGAAAUAUAUACAGGAACAGUAUGACAAAUAUUUAAUAGAAGAAACAAGCAUCAAGAGGAAGCCCAGGGUUCCUGACAGCAGAGUUCACUGUUGUCUUUAUUUUAUCGCACCAACAGGGCACAGGCUGAGACCCAUUGAUGUGGAAUUCAUGAAAAGACUAGACAAGUGUGUUAAUAUUGUACCAGUGAUUGCCAAAGCAGAUACCUUAACAGUUGAAGAGCGUGAAGCCUUCAGAAGGAGGUUACGUGAGGAUAUAGAAAAAAACCACAUCAAUAUCUAUCCAAUACUUAAUCGACAUGAUCUUGACGAAGAAGAAGCCCGAACGACUUCAAGAAUCAGGGAUCAACUGCCCUUUGCUGUGAUUGGAAGUGAUCGUUACGUCACAGUGUCGGGAAAACCUGUGCUUGGAAGGAAGACAAAAUGGGGACUCAUCGAAGUUGAAAACAAGAACCAUUGUGAAUUCGCGCAAUUAAGAGACAUGUUAAUCAAAACACACAUGCAAGAUCUGAAGGAGGUAACAGACACUAUUCACUACGAAAGUUAUCGCCGCAAGCGCCUGACGGAGGAAAAACAUGACCAAAUUGUUUUACAAAACAAUGUUGUGAACAUGGAUGACAUUAAUUGUCAGGAGAGUAAAAUCUAAAUGAAAAUCUUGUAGAACAGGAUGAAUUCUACACCAGGGCUUCUCGGUCAUUUCAAACCAAGUCGAGAGAUGUUUGCAAUUCAGACAAAAUAUUUGCUAUUCUAUACGAUUACAAUUUAUUAGACUUUUGUUACAAUUUUGGAUUUAACAGACAUUUAUAGCUUGAGAGUUUUUCUAUCAAGGGUCGCACAAGGGAAUUCGUAGUGAGAUGAAUGUACAGCGUGGUGCUGUAAGCUGAGCUCAUCAAUUUUGCUACGGUCGGAGAUUUGUGAAUCGGCCUUGUUUCUCGGCAGUUAUGUCAGCGGAGGAGAUGUUUAAUGACGGGACGUCUAAUGAAUAAUUUGAUUUUUUCUAUAUUGAACUUAAAUUCUCAAGUGUUCAAUUUCAAAAUUCUCUUUAGAAAAUAUGUGCACUUUCAAGCAGUCAGGUGAUGAGAAUAAAGAAAACCAUAAAUUACAGGA